ACCACUUUUGUAAAUAAUUGUCGAGUUUUGACCGAGAAGUCUGUGCGUCUGUAGGAAGUCUGGAAGUGGUGGCAUCAGCCUUCCGAAAGCUGAGCGAGCGCAUUCGCGUACUCUCUCCCCGUUCCUGCCUCCGAAGUUUCGCCGUAAACCACCUUUCGCGAGGAGAAAGGCAUGGCUUACCACCACAUAAUUUAAGAGAGGAUGCUGGUGCGUGGGCCCCGGUGGUGGACUCUGCCCCUCGUGCUGCUGGGCCUCCUGUCCACUCAGCUGGGGGUGGGUCUUACCCAGACCACUCCACCUCACCACACCGCUGCGAGCCAGAACGUCACGCUGGCGGCCAUCUUGCCCAGGAACAACACCAUCUACGCGUGGGCGUGGCCCCGCGUGGCGCCCGCCUUGACCCGCGCGCUGGAGCGCGUGAACUCUGACCCCACGCUGUUGCCGGGACACCACCUGGAGCUCAUCUUCCAGGGCAGCGACAACAAGGAGGGCCAGUGCUCGGAGUCCGUGGCCCCUUUGGCGGCGGUGGACUUCCGGCUAUCCCACAAUCCCUGGGCGUUCAUCGGGCCGGGCUGCGACUAUGCCGCCGCCCAAGUGGCGCGCUUCACCAGCCACUGGAACGUUCCCAUGGUGACGGCCGGGGCGGCGGCCAUCGCGUUCGAGGAGUACGCCUCCAUCACCAACACGGGGCCCACCUACAAGAAGCUGGGCGAGUUCGUGGUCCAGGUGCACCAGUUCUUCAGGUGGAAGCAGGCCAUGCUGGUGUUCCACGACCACAAGAACGACGACCGGCCCUGCUACUUCACCGUGGAGGGGCCGUACACCGAGAUGCUCAAGGAGAACAUCACCACCAAAGAGCUGGCCUUCGACGAGAUCGAGCCGCACUUCGACUACAAGGAACUGGUGACCAAGAUCAGGGAGCAGGCCCGCGUGGUGUACCUGUGCUGCUCCAGAGAGGCUCUCCGGAGGCUGAUGCUGGAGUUCUGGAGGCAGGGCUCGCAGCUGGACGACUUCGUCUUCUUCUACAUCGACCUGUUCGCCGACAGCCUGGACAGCUCCGCCCACCGGCCCUGGGCCAGAGACGACGCCGACGACCCGGACGCACUCCGAGCCUUCAGAAGUGUGAAGAUCCUGACGUAUCGCGAGCCUCAGAACCCUGAGUACCGAGCCUUCGUGGACAUGCUGAAGAUCGAUGCCAAGAACAUGUUCAACCUCAGUGUGGGGGAUUCCUUGAUGAACUUGAUCUCCGGAAGCUUCUAUGACGGCUUGAUGCUGUACGCUCUGGCGCUGGAUGAGGCCCUGAAGGAAAUGCCAGCAGGAGACAGACCAGAGGGGGAGAACGUCACCCAGAAGAUGUGGAACCGGGCGUACUACGGAGUGACCGGACUACUGCAGAUUGAUGAGGUGGGGAAUCGAGAGAUGGACUUUGCCCUGUGGGACAUGACCAACUACUCCACCGGAGUCUACCAGAUGGUGUACUUGUAUAACGGCAGCCAGAGGCAGAUGCUGCCGGUGGAGGGGGUGAGUGUGCAGUGGCCGGGGGGGAGGCCUCCUCCUGACGUCCCUAUCUGCGGCUUCAGGAACGACGCGCCCGCCUGCCUCGCAAAGACGGUUACCAUGCGGCAGAUGAUCUCAAUCGUGGUGUGCUUCGUCCUCUUCAUCAUAAUCACGGUUACAGUCUUCAUCUACAGGAAGCUGAAGCUGGAGAAGGAGUUGGCAGCUCAGCUGUGGAGGGUGCAGUGGGAGGACAUCCAGAUGAGUAACCUGGAGAAGGCCCUGAGACGCGCCUGUAGCAAACUCACACUCUCACUGAGAGGCUCAAACUACGGCUCCCUCCUCACUAUGGAGGGAAACAUCCAGAUCUACACCAAGACCGGCUACUAUAAGGGUAACCUUGCGGCCAUUAAGUAUGUCAACAAGAAGCGCAUUGAACUAACCAGGACGGUUCUGUUCGAGCUCAAGCAUAUGCGGGAUGUCCAGAAUGAGCACCUGACCCGCUUCAUUGGAGCCUGUAUCGACCCUCCCAACAUCUGCAUCAUCACCGAGUACUGUCCCAGAGGCAGCCUACAGGAUCUGAUGGAGAGUGACAGUAUCACCUUAGACUGGAUGUUUCGGUAUUCCCUUAUCAGUGAUAUUGUUAAGGGCAUGGCCUUCCUGCAUAACAGUGUGAUCGGUUCCCAUGGUCACCUGAAGUCCUCCAACUGUGUGGUGGACAGUCGCUUCGUCCUGAAGAUCACAGACUACGGACUGCCCAGCUUCUCCAAAGACACCAGCCCUGAAGACUCACACUCCUAUUAUGCUCGUAAGUUGUGGACGGCGCCGGAGCUGUUGCGUUCGGACCCGUGCCCACCGUGCGGUAGCCAGAAGGGCGACGUCUACAGUUUCGCCAUCAUCCUGCAGGAGCUGGCGCUGCUCAAGGGCACCUUCUACCUGGAAGGACCCUCCCUCAGCCCCAAAGAGAUCAUAGAGCAGGUGACGGUGGGCGAGUGGCCGUUCUUGCGCCCCCUGCUGUGUGCGCAGAGCCAUAGCGAGGAGCUGGGCCAGCUCAUGCAGCGCUGCUGGGCCGAGGAGCCCAGCGAGAGACCCGACUUCAGCCAGAUCAAAGUGCUGCUCCGCAAGAACAACAGAGGCUACGGUUCAAACAUCCUGGAUAACUUGCUGUCCCGUAUGGAGCAGUACGCCAACAACCUGGAGGAACUGGUGGAGGAGCGCACUCAAGCCUACCACGAGGAGAAGCGCAAAGCUGAGGCCCUGCUCUACCAGAUAUUACCCCACUCUGUAGCAGAGCAGCUGAAGAGGGGGGAAACUGUUCAGGCUGAAGCCUUUGACUCCGUCACCAUCUACUUCAGCGACAUCGUGGGAUUCACAGCCCUCUCCGCAGAGAGCACACCUAUGCAGGUGGUGGCUUUUCUGAAUGAUUUGUACACCUGUUUUGAUGCCAUCAUAGACAACUUUGAUGUAUACAAGGUGGAGACGAUAGGCGACGCCUACAUGGUGGUGUCGGGGCUGCCGGUGCGGAACGGGAAGCUGCACGGGCGCGAGGUGGCGCGCAUGUCCCUGGCGCUGCUGCAGGCCGUCCACAGCUUCCGCAUACGCCACCGGCCCGCCCAGCAGCUCAAGCUGCGCAUCGGCAUACACAGCGGCCCUGUGUGCGCUGGAGUUGUGGGACUGAAGAUGCCUCGAUAUUGUCUGUUUGGAGACACAGUGAACACAGCAUCACGCAUGGAGUCCAAUGGGGAAGCGCUGAAGAUCCACGUGUCGGAGGCGACGUGUUCCGUGCUGGAGGAGUUCGGCUGCUUCCAGCUGGAGCCGAGAGGAGAGGUGGACAUGAAGGGCAAGGGCCGCAUGAAAACCUACUGGCUCCUGGGCGAGAACGGAACCAGCACCACCUAACGCAGAACACCAGAACCUACCGUCUCUGAGAACCACCCCAACACCACCUACCGCAGAACACCAGAACGUAUUGUGUCCUAGAACCACCCCACAACCACCUAACGCAGAACACCAGAACCUACUGGGUCCUAGAACCUCCCCAACACCACUUGACACAAAACAUCAGAACGUAUACUGUGUCCUAGAACCGCCUCAACACUACCUAAUGCAGAACACCGGAACAUACUGGGUCCUAGAACCUCCCCAACACCACUUAACGCAGAACACCAGAACGUACUGUGUCCUAGAACCUCCUCAACACUACCUAACGCAGAACACCGGAACAUCCUGGGUCCUUGAACUGCCCCAGCACAUUUUGUGUGGAACACAAAAACAUUUUGGCUUCUAGAACUGCCUCAGCGCCACCCAACGCAGAACACAAGAACAUUGUGUUAUUGCUAACAGCUCUUUUGUUCAAGAGCACAUGACAUGACACACACAACAUCUGUGCUUCUUAGAUUCCUCUAACUGUUCAGUUGGAUCCUCUUCUUCUGAUGUAAAGAGCUGAGUAAGAGUUCCAGGCUGUCAGUGCGGUGUCACAGCAGUGUCUUCCUGGGAAACACUCGUGGACACUUUUGGAAACUGUCCAGAAAACACUCAUACGGUAGACAUGUUUGGAAGCUGUCCAGAAACAUUCGUAGACACGUUUGGAAACUGUCCAGAAGCAUUCAGUUUGGAAACUCUCGUUCCGUUCCUCACCGUAGCCAGAUUAAGAUCACUUCCAGAUUAAUCUGAACACUGUGAUGGUCAUAUUGGACUUGUUAUGUUACGCUGUCUUUUGGGUUAUGGUCACUGCGGUUCCAUGUGAUUCGGACCAUUUUCUGUUGCUAGUCAUUGUACACAUUGCAUGUAAAUAUAUGUUUGCGUGUGUAUAAUUCUAUACAAUUACACACACACACAGAACACUAAAUCAACUCAGCUCUCGCCUAGAGCAACUCACCACAUACACACUCAACCAACAUUCUCAUGGACACAGACUCAAACUUUUAAUGUUUGUGAUGAGUUGAAAUCUGUUCUUUGUGAACGACAGUAGAUGUUUCU